AUGGGUCUCUGGGAAGCGUUUCUCAAUUGGCUAAGAAGCAUUUUCUUCAAGCAGGAGAUGGAGAUCUCGUUGAUAGGGCUUCAAAAUGCUGGGAAAACUUCACUUCUAAAUGUUGUUGCUACUGGUGGAUAUAGUGAAGACAUGAUCCCUACGGUAGGAUUUAACAUGCGCAAGGUCACUAAAGGGAAUGUCACAAUAAAGUUGUGGGAUCUUGGAGGUCAACCUAGAUUCCGGAGUAUGUGGGAAAAAUACUGUCGUGCAGUUACUGUCAUUGUUUAUGUUGUUGAUGUUGCCGAUCACGAUAACAUCAGCAUCUCCCAACGUGAACUUCACGAUCUGCUGAGUAAACCAGCACUCUGUGGUAUUCCUUUACUAGUAUUAGGGAACAAAAUUGACAAGGCUGAAGCCCUGUCUAAGGAGGGAUUGACUUAUCAAAUGAACUUGAAAUCUAUAACUGAUAGAGAGGUGUGCUGCUUUAUGGUUUCGUGCAAGAAUUUGACUAACAUCCACCAGGUCAUUAAUUGGCUAGUUAAGCAUUCUAAAUCAAAGGGUUAA